AUGAUCGACCGAAAAAUAUUAUUCGGUUUGAGUCUUGUUCUUUUAUCGACAUGUUAUGAUUUAUCGAAAUCAUAUUUAAAUUCUCAAUCAACUGAAACAAAACCUACAGAAUCAUCGUCAUCAUCAUAUGACAGUCAUUCCAAUGAUUUAUAUGAACAAUCUUCAACUGAGGGUACCGAAAUGUUUGUUGGUGAUAAUUAUCCACCACCACCUACCAAAGCCCUUAUAGCCCGUAUUAUAUCUAUGGUUAAAAUGGCGUUACUUGUUUGUCUUCUUUUUGGUCAAAAUCCUUUUGCUCUUUUAAAUAUUCCGACUCCAGCAGCAUUUUCUUGGGCAUUACAAAAUAAAAUGUAUGCAUGUUUAAUGGUCUUUUUCUUUUCAAAUUCAAUCGAAUCACAUUUGAUUUCAACGGGUGCAUUUGAAAUAUCGAUUAAUGAUGUACCAUUAUGGUCAAAAAUUGAAACUGGUCGUUUACCAUCGGCAAAUGAAUUCGUACAAAUGUUACAAACAUUUGCAACAAGUUCUGACUUCAAUGCUGCUAUUCGUCCAUAA